AUAUAAAUAAUGCUGGUUUAUAUGUAGUUUCUGGAGUCGAGGAGGCGUGUAUCGUUGAGCACCAAACCUAUCAAUUCAAUAUGUUUGAAAAUACGAGCGAUGCUGAUAGUGAAGGAAAAAAACUUGAAAUAAAAAUAGAUAAUACCAAAGGCAAAAGUUUCGUGAAAAUACAAGAGUUACCACCUCAAAACAAGAUAGUAUAUUUAGCAGACGCGUUAAUCAAUCUAUUUUGCCAAAAUGAUGUAAAUGAUGUGAUAAUAGUUUCAUCGAUAAACUUUUCGGUAAAUGACGAAAGUGUGUAUCUGGGUUGUUUACCAGAUAAUGAAGAGGCAAAAAAUUAUGUUGAAGAAAUUCGUACAAGAUGCUUGGUAUUCCCCGGAAAGAAAAUUGGUGUAAGGGAAAGAAAUUCGAAUAGCAGUCAUGUUUAUGAGGUUGGAAUUUUAAGAUUAUUGGUUGAGGGUUUAAAAGAAAUUGUACCUGAUGUAAAAAUUUCCAUGGAUAAAGUAUUGGACGCCAAAGUUAAGAAAGAGUCAUGUGACGAUGUAUAUAAUAUCGAACAAGACAUGUUAGAAAAUAUGAUAUAUAUGUAG